AUGGCGAGAAUUAAGAAGAAGGGAACCUCUGGUUCGGCCAAGAACUACAUUACCAGAACUCAGGCCGUGCGCAAACUGCAAAUCUCUCUGCCAGACUUCCGUCGCCUUUGCAUUUUCAAGGGUAUCUACCCUCGCGAGCCCCGUAACAAGAAGAAGGCCUCCAAGACCUCAACCCCCAACACCACAUUCUAUUACACCAAGGAUAUUCAGUACUUGUUGCACGAGCCCUUGCUCAACAAGUUCCGUGACCAGAAGGCGCUUGCUAAGAAGAUCGCUCGCUCCCUCGGUCGUGGAGAAGUUGGCGAUGCGUCCCGGUUAGAAAAGAACAACGCCCCGAGACUCACUUUGGACCAUGUCAUUAAGGAGCGCUACCCAACCUUUAUCGAUGCUCUCCGUGACCUCGACGAUGCCCUUUCUCUUUUGUUCCUCUUCGCCACCCUUCCUUCCUCCGACCAUGUUCCCGCCAAGACCAUUGCGCUCUGCCAGCGCCUCUGCCACGAGUUCCAGCACUACCUGAUCAUGACCAACUCUCUGCGCAGAUCCUUCCUGUCCAUUAAGGGUAUCUACUACCAGGCUACCAUCCAAGGACAAGAUAUUAUGUGGCUGGUUCCCUACCGAUUCGUGCAGCGUGUCAACGGCGACGUCGACUACCGUAUCAUGGCCACCUUUGUCGAAUUUUACACAACCCUUCUGGGCUUCGUCAACUUCCGCCUGUACUCCGGAAUCGGUCUGAGAUACCCCCCUAAGUUUGAUACCCGCAGUGACGAGAACGGUGCCGAGUUGGCUGCUUUCACCCUCGAGGGCCGCACAGUCGGUGAUGUCCCCAAGGCCAUCGAAGCAGGAAAGACCCAGGCCAACGGCAACUCCAACAAGGCAGUUUCCAAGGAACUCCAAGCCAAGGUGGACAAGGUGAUCAAGAAGGCCGGUUUGGAAGAGAGCACAGAAGACACCGCCAUGGACACCACGGAAGAGAACACAGAUGCCAUUGACCGCUUCGAGACCGAGGCUCCCGAAGCCGACACCCUCCCCCAGCCCUCCAUGAGCGGCAACGAGGCCGGUGCCCUCUUCGCCCCCUUCGUCUUCUACAUCUCCCGCGAAGCCCCCAAGGGCCCUCUGGAAUUCAUCCUGCGCUCAUUCGGCUGCAAGCGCGUCGGUUGGGCCUCCGUGCUCGGUGGUGGUGCUUUCACCCACGACGAGACAGACCCCCGCAUCACUCAUCAAAUCGUCGACCGUCCCCAGCUCCCUCAAGAAUCUCUCCCCGCCAUCCCCGAUGCCGACUCUCAAGUCAAGCCUGGUUCCCGUAUCCCCGGCCGCACCUACAUCCAGCCCCAGUGGGUUUGGGACUGCAUCAACGAAGGCAAGCUGCUUCGCGCUGACUUGUACGCUCCCGGUGCUACCCUCCCUCCCCACCUGAGUCCGUGGGUUAAGGCUUCUCGCGGCGCUUACGAUCCUCGCGCCACCCUCGCCGAGCAGGAGGAGGAGGAUGAGGCCGAGAACGCGGCCGAUGCAUCCGACAGCGAUGAGGAGAUGGAAGACGAGGCUGCCGUUGAGGAGAAGGCCGAGGCCGAGUCCGAUGCUGAGUCUGUCGACGGAGGCAUGGACGUUGCCGGCACUGACGACGACGAGUCCGAGUCCGAGGAAGAAGAAGUCGAGGACUUUGGUGGUUUCGACGAAGAAGCCGCCUCCGAGUCCGAAGACGAUGACGAGGCCGCUCGUACCCAGCACCAGAAGGAGCUUGAGGCCGAAGCCGCCGGUCUGCCUUUCACUGCUGGUGCCACUGACGAGGCAUCCAAGAAGAAGGCCGCCAAGAACAAGAAGAUUGCUCUCAAGAAGAAGGCCGAGGAAGAAGAGCUCGACAGACAGAAGAUGAUGAUGAGCCGGAAGAAGCGCAAGCUGCUUGAGAAGAUGAUGUACUCCAACAAGAAGACUGCCGAUGAGUCUGCUAAGCUGCGGUCUAAGCGCCGUAAGCUGGAGAAGGGCGAGAAGGGCGAGAAGGCUGCUAAGAACUAA